AUGCGGUUCACAGCCCUCCUCCUCUUUGCCAGCACAGCACUCGCAGCGCUCCCCUACAAAGGUGCAGACUGGUCCUCCCUCCUGAUCGAAGAAGCAGCCGGUAAAAAAUACAAAAAUGCUGCCGGCACCGUCCAGCCCCUCGAAACCAUCCUAAAGAAUAGCGGCGUAAACACCGUGCGCCAACGGAUCUGGGUGAACCCGUCCGACGGAAACUACAACCUCGACUACAACAUCAAGCUCGCGAAGCGCGCCAAAGCAGCCGGCCUAGGCAUCUACCUCGACUUCCACUACAGCGACAACUGGGCGGACCCAGGCAAACAAGUCGUGCCCGCAGCGUGGAAGUCGCUGAACCGCGAAGCUCUCAUCAAGCAAGUCUACGACUACACGAAGAACGUACUCAACACCUUCGCUACCAACGGCAUCGCCCUCAACCUCGUCAGUAUUGGCAAUGAAAUCACACCCGGACUCCUAUUUCCCAUCGGCCAGCUCUCCGGCACCGAUGGACCGAAGAAUGUCGCUGCCCUGCUCAAAUCCGCAUCCAAAGCCAUCAAAGAAUCGACGAUGAGCCCCAAACCCAAGAUCAUGAUUCAUCUGGACAAUGGCUGGAAAUGGGAUACGCAGCAGUGGUGGUACGACACCGUGUUGGGCUCGGGCGGCGGGCUAUCGGCUGCAGACUACGAUGUUCAGGGCGUGUCUUACUAUCCGUUUUACAACAGUGCUGCUACGCUGUCUGCGCUCAGUACCAGUUUGAACAACAUGGCGAAGAAGUAUGGCAAGGAGGUUAUGGUUGUAGAGACCAACUGGCCGAGUUACUGCCCUAACCCGUCGAAUGCAUUCCCCGCGGACGUGAAGAGUAUUCCGAUUAGUGUGGAUGGACAGACGCAGUGGAUGAAAGAAAUUGCGAAGCGUGUGGCUGCUGUGCCUAAUGGCAAGGGUACUGGGCUAUUCUACUGGGAGCCGGCUUGGAUCGCGAACCCUGGGCUGGGCAGCAGCUGUGGAUGGAAUUUGAUGGUUGGUGACGAUGGCAAGGUUAUGAGUAGCUUGGCUGUGUUCGGCAGCAUAUGA